AUGUUGCCGCAAAGAUUUCACGACGACCGUAAAGGAUCGAGCAAGGAAGCAAUGCAAAUCCUGUCAUGGGCCUGCUGCGGUCUCUUGCUAAUAGCGCUAAUAUUCGCCAUUCUUAUGCUGAUGGUGUACGGCAUCUCAGUGGGCUAUCACUACGCACAGAAAGAAUUAACUGAUUUCGCUUACAGCGCAAGAGCCGGACCAGAUGAAAUGUCCAAUUUGCCUGCCAGAUCUGGGAAUAUGCCUGACGAAGCAGGUGUUCAGGAAAAUGAACCACGCCCAAUACUUGAACCUUACCAGACACAAAAGCCUGAACAGCAGGCUUACAGGCCAUUACAAGACACGCCAAUCGUCCUUCUGGCGACUGACAGCUUGGCGCCUGCUAUAGCUCUUUUGAAGGACCUAGAGGCAAAGUUAUACUCCUUUUUACUGCGCUGGUAUUUACAUCCCGUGCUGGACCUCCAUUCCGAUGCAAACACUCCACAAAAGAAGGAAGAUACAAAGAAAAGACCUAAACGACAGCCAAACAAAAACUAUGCUUUAAAAAAACGAGUACCAUUGAAACCUGUGGACGGUGAUAAUGUAAUAUACAUCACGAAGAAGACUAAUUUCAAGGCACAGCUCGAUAAGUGCUGUGAUCUCUUAACCAGAGGAGAAAAAGAAAUAAUUCUUCAUGGUUUAGGAGCUGCCAUACAGAGGUGCUGCAACCUGGCACUUCAACUAGAGAUAUUGUUUUCGGGCACAUGUCAGAUUGAAGUAAACACCGGAACUGUGGACUGUGUUGAUGACCUGGAGCCACUGACUGAUGAGCUAGACUUCAAUUCACAAGUGAGGUGUUCAUCUUCAAUCCAUAUAAGGAUAUUCAGAACAGCAAUGCUCGGUGCGAACCAGUAA